GCGUAUGCUAUUGAGACUUUCGUAAUCCUACAAAUUAAUGUGAAUCACAUCAUUGGACCCGCACAAUUUACAGGAAUCUUUUUUUAUUUUCUUUUAAACUUAGAGCUUAAUUUUGUUAUGUAGAUCUGGAAAAUUAUAAUGGGUACUUUGUACUAUUUGGGGUUGGCAAUGGAAAGCAUAUAAAGAAGGCACUUGCCAGAGCGAAUUCGAUCUGUGUAGGACAAAAGACUUUAAAGCCAAGCCUAUUGAGGGUUCUUGCCAUACUGAACCCCUUCGAAGAUUCACCAUCAUCCACAUACCUAGAUAACAUGGCAACGACCAAAGUAAGCCCGAAGCUUUUCAUAGACAAGAGGAGGCAACAGGUGCUUUUUGCUGAAGCAGACAAGAAAUUUGUUGAUUUUCUAUUUAGCAUUUUCACUCUGCCCGUCGGAGCUGUCAUGAGUCUUCUGAAAGAAGGAGGCGGCACGGUAGGCUGCUUGCCAAGCCUCUACCAAAGCAUUGAAGAUAUGAGUGUUACUCACAUCAAACCAGACAAAAGCAAACGCUUCCUGUUAGAACCCAAAGUAAUGCUUUGUCCUAAAGUCCCUCUCCUAUUGCCAAACAUUGGGUCAACAUUCCGUCAAUUGUAUAGGUGUUCGAACUCAAACAAAUACAACACCUGUAUCAAUUACGUGACUGAUGAAGACAGCACAAUUUGUCCUUAUUGCGAACUUAAGAUGAACCGGAUUGUAACAUUCAUAGACCCACCGAGCACAAUUAGGGAAUCCUCCACUACUAAGGACGGUUACGUGAAAGGGACGGUUAUAUACAUGGUGAUGGAUAAUCUGGAGGUGAAGCCCUUGUCUACCACCACUCUUGUCUCUCUUUUUGCCAAGUUUAAUGUCAUGAACAUAGGUGAUAUUGAGGAGAAAGUGGUCGAUGUGGGCAUGGAUGAGGGAGUGAAACUGCUCGAGGCUUCUUUGCGAUCAAAGACUGUUUUGACUGAUGUCUUCCUUCCGGUCGAGAACAUUAAAACUGAGGACUCAAUAGAUACAACGGAGAGAUAUCCCGCAGAAUGAGUAAAUCAAGGUAUUGAUUGUUGUGAAUGAAUCAAAAGAUUAUAGAAGAAGAAAAAAAAAAAUCAUAAGAUUAUAGCAACUAAGACAAUGUUGAAAAUCAACGUGCUUUAUUUCUAGCUCCAAGAGCUCUGUAAGACUAGUGCUGUUCAUACAAAAUAGUAAAUUAGUAAUCAUGUGAUUGCCAAUUUGGUGUUGCCUUCUA